UAAUAGUUUUUUUUGUUGUUGUUUGGAAUAGCAGAAUCACUUUUCAACAAAGCUGUUUUGUUAGUGUCUUUUUUCUGCUAUGGAUCAGGGGUGGAAGCGGGUCCACUUAUUGGUUUUCUUGAUUUUCUUGAAACAUGCUCUUGGACAUAAAGGUUGGAUUUCUCAGAAUGUUCAGCCUCAGAAUUGGUCGGUCCACAAGCUCUUCUCCCCUAGGGAAGUCCAGUCUUCUCUGUUGGAGGCUCCAGUGACUGGAAGCAUUCCUGUUGAAGAAGUGGCCUCUAAUAUGUUUGCUGGGAAGAAACCGAAUGCCAGCAGGCCUCUAUUUUCCCUUUCACAUCUGUAUGUAAAAGGAGGCUUUUCCAGCAGCUAUGGAUCUAUGUCUCAUACCCAAAGUGCACCAAGUGUCUUGAACAGCAUUUCAUCACUGCUACAACUCCAGGGUUCCUCCAGUCCAAAUGCCCAGAAUGUAUUUAACCAGUCUACUAGUGGACCAGGUUCCUAUAGCCAGUCUUCUCAGUAUGGCUCUGGACUGCAAAGAGUUUCUGCUCAACUCUCUUCCACACCAGUACGAGGUGGUAGUUCCAGUGGCUUGUCCAUGUCAAAGCUUGGUCUCCCGCCUCUUGACGUUUCUGACCCACCCACCGGUGAUCAAAGCUCCUCAAACAUGUCUACAAGCACUCAGAGCAGCUCUGGCCUUCAGUUGGGAGGAACCUCUAGUCUGCUUUCUGCACAGAGUAGCUCUUCCACAGGGUCCUCAAGCAGUUCCCACCGUUUCUUUACUACUUAUCAGGGCAGCUCUGGGUCACAACUGGCAGGAGGUUCCAGCCAGCUUGUUUCUGCAAGUGGUUUGUUCACCCAGUCUCCAAGUACUGAAAGUCAGGAUACCCCUGGAUCCUCAUAUGCCAAGCUUGCUGCCUCCCCCCUAGAUUUUAGCCAGUCUACCACUGAUCAGAGCUCUUACAGCCAGUAUACACCAAGCUCAGAGAGCAGAGUUGGCACUCAGCUGGCAGCUUCCCAUCAUCCUGUACCUGGACAGGGAAUUCGGUAUGGUUCAUCUGUCGAGCCUCAAGAUACCACUAGCCAGCAUGCUCAAACUUUUUCCUUGGGUGCAAAACUGCCUCUGUCCAGUCAGUACUAUCAAGCAACUCGGAGUGGUUCUCUAUCUCAAAGCCGACUGUCUCAGGAGCCUUCAGCCUCAAGGACCCAAGGAUUUCAGGCAGUGUCACAAGGAUCUGGUACAUCACAGAGCAGUUCUUGGUCUCCAAGUAGGAUCUCUUCACUGUCUUCUGCAGGUGGUUCUAUCAGCUCUACUGAUGGCUCUUCUGUGCAGUCUCAACAUGCCUCCAGCCAGAAUGCCCUGGCUUCUUUGGAUGCAAAAGUGCCUUUGUACAGUCAAGCUGCUCCAAGUAGUUCCCCUCCGUCUCUGAGCCCUCCAUCUCAAUGGCAGCCUUCCUCUAGGUGGUUGCAAAGCUUUCAGGCAUCUGGUACAGUGGCAUCACAGAGUAGCUCUCCAUCUCAAGGCUCCCAGUAGGUUAUCUAUCUCAGC